UUUGCAACAGAAUUGGCGUAAUGAAUAUUCCAAUGGGCUUUGGUCUGGGCACAGAAAGGAUGCAGCUGGAAAUUCCAGUGGUAGCUAGUAGCGAUGUACUCUGAUCAUUGAGCAAAUUAUUGGUCGUUCCCAUGUUUUGUGCAAAACAGAUUUUUUAAAUGAAAAAGUAGCAAAUCCGAAAUCGUGAGAAUAUCAAUAUCAUGCUUUUCAUACAUGCACAAGGGAUCCAUUGCAAUUACUUGAACCAGAUUAGCUAGCUAAGCUACCGGUACCGUUAGCAUCACUUGUUCUGGUAGGCUGGUGGUUUGUGGUUUUUAUAUAAUUUAAUUCGUCACAGGGUAAAACAGUGGUGUUUACUCAAGUAGCUUGCUUCCACUUUUUAAAACGUUUAAGUGGUACAUAACUAGGUGAAACUAUCUUCAUUUGCUAACCCUCUCGCGCACCGCUAAAAGGGUUAGGAACUCUGCUGAAAUAACAUGAAGUUAGAACAUGCCUUGGGAUGACUCAUUUUGGAACUUUGUUGCAAAUGUUUCCGUUAGUAAACAUUGCGUCGUCACGUAUUUAAUUGUUAUAUGCGUUGUCCAUGAUUGCCUGCUGUGUAGCUAGUUAUGUUCGUUAGCUAUCGAUAGCUAAUUUAUGCAAACUACAGCUUGGAUUUUAAUUUGUUAGUAAACCAAUAAUAUGUUAGUUAAAUGAGUAUGACAUGCAUGGUAUGCCGUUCUUUUGUGGCUAUUUGGUGAUACAAUGGAUUAUCAACAACUGGGAUAUGUUUGCUAACGCUGGCCACAUGAAACGUGAAUAUAUGGCUCCGCAGUUAAAAGGAAGAUAACCUUUUUUUAAUGCCAAAUACUCCUGCAUAACUAAUCGAUUGCCAGCUAACAACUGGAUGACAAAGAAGCCCAUUCUGUGUGGAGGAGACAUUUAAAUUGACUUUAUUGCUUAUUUACGGUAUAUGCCAUCCGCCAAUACACCUUUAAACUGGUCUACUACUAUGGCGGUUAGUGGGGUGAGUCGUCUUUCCCAACCCGGGGACGUGGCUGUCUCGGGAGUGGUUCUGUCAGCUAUGCCUUUUUCCAACACGCCAGUGUCUGCCCGCCCCACACCAAAUGCGGACACCCGUGGCUGCGAGAAUGGUGACUUGAUGGACUCUUUUGGCAUCUUCCUGCAAGGCCUUCUAGCGAUGGUGGCCUUCAGUACGCUGAUGUUGAAGCGCUUCAGGGAGCCCAAGCAUGAGAGAAGGCCCUGGAGGAUCUGGUUCCUGGACACCUCCAAACAGGCCAUUGGUAUGCUAUUCAUUCACUUUGCCAACGUCUACCUGUCUGACCUCACAGAGGAGGACCCCUGCUCACUUUACCUCAUUAACUUCCUCCUGGAUGCGUCUCUUGGAAUGCUGCUGAUCUAUGCCGGGGUGAGGGCCAUCAGUGCUAUCGUAGAGUGGAGGCAGUGGGAUGCUCUACGCUUCGGAGAAUAUGGAGAACCAGUGCAGUGUACUGCAUGGGCAGGCCAGUGUGCUCUCUACAUCCUUAUCAUGAUGUUUGAGAAGGUCCUGAUCAUCCUGGUCCUACUCAUCCCCCAGUGGAAGAAGCUGGCUCUCCUGAACCCCAUAAACAACCCUCAGUUGGAGCUGGCCAUCGUCAUGCUCAUCGUCCCGUUCUUCGUUAAUGCCCUGAUGUUUUGGGUGGUAGAUAACUUCCUGAUGAAGAAGGGGCGGACAAAAGCCAAGCUGGAGGAGCGGGAGGUGGGGGAGGACUUGCGGGGCAACAGUAAGGUACGCUACAGGCGGGCACUCUCCCACGACGACUCAGAGUCUGAGAUCCUGUUCUCGGCUGACGAUGAGAUGGAUGACUCGGAGGAGGAGGAUGUGCGCCGACUCACUGGCCUCAAGACGGUCAAGAAGAAGAAGAAGCACCGUAUGGGGAUCCCUGUUUGACCUGGGCCUACCCAGUCUGACCUGGUCUGACCCACUCCUGUGUCUACUCACAUCCCCACUCUCUCCUCCUCCAGGGCCUGCUGCCCUGACUGGAGCCUGCUGGCAACCUGUACUUGAUUCUUCUAACAGCAGGCUGGCAUUGGUCUCUUUGUGGAGUCAGUAGGGGGCCUAUAUAGGGAGGUGGGAUCAUGGAAGACUCCAGACCACGGAGCUUAUUGGACUGUCAUUACUACACAUCCACAUGGGACUCCUGCAGCCUCUGCACUGAGAAUAGAAACCCAUGGAAAGGAUUUCACUGCAGCUAACUACAUACCAUGUCUAAAGGAGAUUUCACCAUAGAUCUGUCACUGGUGUUUCAGUGAUGCUCGUUGGGGAAAUGAAUCUUGAUAUGUGUUUUGGGAAAACUUUUAGCACUGGUCUGUAAUAGGAAGGUUUGGGUGUGUUUUGAGUUGGUGAUGCAGUGUAAUUGCUAGCACCCUAAAUAUCCUAUUAAAUGACUAUUCUAAUUCCUAAUUCUGUUCCAUACUGACUCUUCAGAAGUCCAGAAUGAUAUUACUGCAUCAGGUUAAACUGUGAAUGGGUGUUACUUUUUCUGUGGUUUAGCCGGUGACCUCGGUUCGAUGUAGACUGAGAGAACAGGCACCUGGUAUUGAACUCAGCCCCCCCCCCCCCCCCCCCCCGCCUUUAAGUAAACCUCUGUCAUUUUAAUGUUUUAAUACUUUUGAUACUCUUCCGAAUCAGAAAGUGAUUGUAUUCCUCAUCUAGAUUCCAUAUAAGAAAUGGCUGACUGCUAUGGCCUGUUAUAGGAGUUGGUGGAGGAGUGUGUGUGUGUCUGUCUGUGUGGACUUUUCCAUUCAUGCAUGGCUAAGGGAAUGUAGGAGGUGUGGCUUGAUGCUCCAAUGGAGGCUCUGUGAAGAUCAAGACGGUGCAGCUUGGGCGUGUGUCUCCACAAUGCAUCACCCAACCCGAACCCAAGGGACUGAAACCCUCAUUUCAAGCCCACCCAUUGACCGUUUAGGUCUAUAGGCCUGGCUCGGAGCCUUCUCUUCCUGUCUCUGUGUAUGAAAGUUAACUGGGAUCUCUUCCAUUACUUAUUUAUUGUUUUUGGUGUGUCCUGUUUAUUUUUUACAGUAAGUUAUUUUGGGCCAAAACCAUGAUGAUCCCCAGCCUACUAAGUGUUUUUCAUUCCGAGACGGAGUAGAUAUGGGACCUGAGGGUGUGUCCUCACAACCAACGGGAAAAAAACUCUCCGCUCUUGCACAAUUCCCAGUUAUCACUGGUCUAUGGAUGUUCUUUGUGUUCAUUCUUUGUUUUCGACAAUGUGCCUAUGUGAACUUACCAUGUUUGUGAGUGUUCAUUUUGUGACCCAGAGCUUUAGACUUGCAGUAGCAUUCAGUUGUUUUGACAGAAGCACAGACCUAGAGUUUGAGUGACUAGGUCAGCCUGCAGUACAGUGCAGGUAUGUUUGUAUGAGUGUGUUUGUCUUAAUGCUCCUGUUCAAAGUAAGGAGUGGGGAUAAAGUAAAUGUGUUGAUGACCAUGGUGCUGAAGAUGUUGAACGGUUUGACAAUGAUUGUUGUUGGCUGAUACUUAGGAAUAAAUGACAGUAGGGUUUGGUAAAUGAGUGGUACAGCAUCAUUAAACACUUCUGGUUGCCCUCUGCUCAACAGAGAGGGCUUUUAGUGUUUUGAAAAAAACAACUAGAUCAUUAAAAUGACUGACAAAUGACUUACAUUACCAUUAUAUUUGCUUUUGCAAUAAAUUUAGUAAAACACUGAAA